UAUUCUAAUUAUAAUAAUCCCUACCGACGGGGUUACUUACUAUACGGACCUCCUGGAACUGGAAAAUCGAGUUUGAGCUCGGCUAUUACUAGUUAUUUUGGUUUAAAUAUCUAUAUCCUUAGCCUUUCUACUAUUAGUGAAGCUAACCUAAAGAGCCUAUUUAAUAAGCUUCCAAGUCACUAUAUUAUUCUUUUGGAAGAUAUUAAUACUAUUAGUUCGAAUCGAGAUACUAAAACCGAGGACUCUCGCCAGAUCGUAAUAGGCUCUCUUUCCCGAAUAAGUAAAUCUGCCGCACUUAUACGACCUGGCCGUAUAGACAAAAAGGUCGAGCUUGGGCUCGCUGACCAUAAAAUAACGGCUGACCUCUUCUGUCUUAUCUUUAAGCCCAGAGAAGAGGCCGAGAGAGUUAAGCGGUUAGUAAAAGGGUUUACUACCAAGGUGCCAGAGCUGAAAUUUAGCCUAGCGGAAAUUUUCUUGUUUCUUCUAGAAUAUAGGAAAUUACCAGAGGGAGCCAUUAAUAAUAUGGAGCAACUCAUCUCGAAGCCUAUUAAAGCAAAGUCGAAGCCGCCAAGGAUAUCCGAAGAUACCAAGCCUGAAGAUACUUAG